UCGGAGUUGAAGACGCUUCAGGACAUUUUCAAGGAUGAAAAGACCGCCAAACAGGUGUUCAACGCUGCGAAGCGAAACGCAAAGAGCAAGAAACGCGCAGCGGCACCGGAUGGUUCCAUGACUGCAGACUCUUCGUUGUCAUCUUCCAAGAGAACGAAGACAGAGGUUGAACUGGGAAGAGAUGCGACCCCUUUCGAGAUCGAGUCCUCUCUGGCUCUUCCUAUCUCAACGGCAUCGGAGGAGGAACUCUCAAAGACGGUUCUCCUGACGAACAGGGCUCCUCUCGUGCUGGCAUUCGCAGUGUGCGUGACCAAGUACACGAUGCCCGAACAGCCUAUAUCCAGCCGGCUCAGUCUGGCGCAGACGGUUGUCAGCGCAAACAGCCGCAGCAAGGCUGUCAGCAUCGGAAUCGAGAGCGGUAAGAGCGCGGGGGAAGAGGGCUGGGGACAGGGCCAGCCUACAGUGAAGGUACUAGGAAGGGAGAUUCCUGUUCUGAAGAGAUGGGACUACAAUCCAAAAGAAGGGGAACCAAAGGACGAUACACGAACUGAAGUUGCAAACGAAAAGAAUACUGCAUUUAAUGACACAAGUUCAAGUUCUUCGCUACCUCUCUGGGGUCUUGAUCUCGAAGCUCUGCGAAAGAAGUCUGGGGAGCGUAGUAAUGCGAGUGGCUACGGAAAUAGUAGCGGCCUUCCAAUCCACACCCCAGAGUCUGCACGAGCAUAUCUGCUCAAGUCUUUUACGAUAUUCCAGAAACAAGAAGCUGAACAAGACCAACAUCCGCCAUCCCUGUCGACCGAUCCUUCUUCUCCGAAGAGGAAAAAGAAGAAGACGGAUCCGGCGUCUGAGAAGGAGAAAUGCCUGGGGAUGCUGCUACAUGCCAUCGACAUCGUCUGCCGAUCAUGGGCGUCGACGCUGUCCGCAGAAGAGCUAGAUCGACGCGCAUGGUCGUGGUACCUGCGGGUUCGACCCGAUGUGCAGACGGGUGUAGCAGGUUGGGGAGAGAAAGGGAUGGUGAGGCUGGCGGAUAUCCUGGCUCUAAAAAGGGAUACCUGA